CCUCAAUUUUGGAUGUCAUUGUUUUUCUUCUUCGAAGACUAAUAGAAUGAGAUUAUUGUUGAGACUCUAAUAUUUAUUUCAAUUUUUUUGGUUCUAACUUUCUAGCUUAUUAAAUUUAAGCAGUGUACUCAAUAGAAGUCAAUAUACGAACAAAGCUAUAUAAAAUAGUCUCCAUCAGAGUUCGAGUAAAAUAAAUAACAGCUAACUAAAUAUCAUAUGGAAAAAUUAUAGGAGAAUCCUAAGUUUAGAGAAUGGUAAGAAUCAUCGAAAAAGAGUUGAUAAAUUUUAAUUACUAAAUUUAUAAUAUAUGUAAAACAUUAUUAAUUUAACUCUUUA